GAGUCAUUACGUCUGGACGUUGUGUCGAGUGAAGUACUAAGUGUCGUCCGCUGCGGAAUAGAUACCCGCAGACGUCUGUCGCCUGAAUUUCUGUCAUUCCAGGAAGAUGAAGGUGAUCGCGCUGGUGUGCUGCCUGCUGGGCUGCAGCCUGGCCAUGCCCGUGGGCGUGGACGAGGCUGAUAACCCGCGCCCCGUGGUGCCGCUCGUCAUCACCGACUACUCGUCCGUCGCCACCAAGUCGAUGGAGGGCACCGCAGCGCCCGCCAAGGACGAGGCCGAGCCUCAGUCGACCGAGGCGGCCUCCACAGAGGCGGCGGUCCCAUCGCCCGCCGAAAGCGACGCUGUCCGCAGCGCUGAGAUCCCUACGCCGAACCUCCAGGAGACUGUCAAGACCUCCGACGAAGCCGCGGCCAUCGCGCCCAAAGAGCAGGAGAAGCCGGUCGACGAAGCCUCCGAAACCAAACCCGAAGAGACGAAGGAAGCGCUCAAGAAAGAGCCCUUGGCAGCAGAAGCAUCUCUGCCUCAGGAAAUCAAAGAGGAGGCCGCCUCACAAGAUGCAGCUCCCGCCAAAGAGGCACUGAAGAAAGCGGAAGCAUCCGCUGAUGCGCCGGUUGAAGAAAGUAAACCCACAGAGAAAGGCGAAGAAAACGAGUUGAAGAGUGCUGAAAAAAUUGAGACCUCCUCAGUUGCAGCAGAGAAACCCACCGAUGCUCCGGCAGAAAAGAUGGACAAGGAAGCCAACACCGAAGGUGAGAAAAUGAAAGAUGAAUCCAGCAGCGAAGAAAGAAAGAAACGCAUUGCCACUCCUCCAGCAACAUCCGAGUCUCAGCCCAAAGAACCAGCGACUGAAGAAGGUACUAAGAAAAUAACAGCAGAUGAAGAAGAGAAAAAGAUGAAGGAUGACUCCAGCAGCGAAGAAAGCAAGGAACGCAUUGCCAGUACUCCAUCAAUCUCCGAGUCUCAGCCCGAAGAACCAGUGAAAGAAACUAUUAAAGCAACCGAAGAAGAGGAGAAGAAAGAAGAUAAACCGGCAUCGAGAAGGAGACGUCAUGUUAAGGAAGACAACAAGCCAGAAGAAGAAAACAAGAAACCCACCACUGCACCCAAAAAAGAGAAGGAGGAGAAAAAGGGAAAGUCUGAGGAGGCCACAAGAACUGAGGAAGAAGUGAAAACCGCAGAGAGUUCAGAUGCAACGAAGACUGAACAGCUUGACAAAAUCAUUCCUGGGCCAGCUAUCGUACAGGACUCUUCUGAGGAAGCAAACCAGAAAAAUCUGAAAGACAAACUGAACUCCGAGGAAAAAGAAGUUUCAGAUGAGUCCGACAAACAGACAGCUGAAACCAUGAAAAUUGAAAACAAGAGGGAAGUUGCACUCACAGAAAAGCUGGAGUCAGAGGAGAAAAAAGAGUCGUCUGUAACACCAGAAGAAGUAAAGCUCAUAAGCGAAAAAUCGGCAGAAAAAUCUGCAGAAAUAACUGAAACACCGAAGGAACAGCCGAAAGAGGAAGAACUUCCGACAGCGCAGCCAACCGCUCUCAGUGACGCUGGCUCGGUACAGCCCAAAGAGAACACUUCCACCGAGAAGAAGGUGGAGUCCACGGAGAAGGAGCCAGAGAAGUCCAUCGAGAAAAGUGACAGUGCUAUCACUGGCACUUCGCUUCCCGCGAACGAAGAGAAAAACAAGGAGAUGAAAGCAGAUUCCAAGUCCGAAGAGAGUUCAUAAUAGUUUCGCCUGAACGGUGAAAUGUUUUUUUCGCCGAACUUCCCCCUGAGUCCAAAAUUUCGCGGUGGAGCCCGCAUCACAAGACUGCAGAAACAUCACACGAACACAAUGCACACACAACAAGUACACACAUGAACAAUGGGGCGUUCUGCACGCGUUCCUCCCAUUAACUUUAUAAUUAAUAUUAUUUGAAAACUCUAUGGUGUAGUGCAUCGUUGCACCUUAAAAGUUGGAGCCCCUCAUUGAAUGGCUGGAUGAUAGCAGGGCGAGUUUGUGAACGAGUGAGACACAAAAACUUGGCAUCAGGAGAGUGGUAGAGAGAGAGAGACAUUGGCACGAGUCUCUUUACAUUUCCACUUGUUUAGGCUUGAAUGUGAGCUUAUGUAUGUAUUUAACUAGGCUUCCAAUAAAAUAAAGGUUUUAUACAAAAAUAAAUCGUGUAAA